CUCCCACUUUCCACACUCCUCAUUCAUCUUUCUAUUUCUCUUUCUGCAAAAAAACGCUCUCUGGGUAUUUCUUCAUCGGCAAUGGGUGCUGCUAAGAACGCCGGCGGAGAACUGAAGAAACCCGACUCCGGCAAGAAGGGCGGCGCUGAUUCCAGGAUUUCUGUGGUUCUCAAGGCAGAUUUCCACUGCGAGGGCUGCGUUUCAAAAAUCGUCAAAGCCAUCCGCGCCUGUGACGGCGUGGAGGAUGUGAAAGUUGACGGCGCAACGAGCAAGCUGACCGUUACCGGCAAGGUAGAUCCGGCGGCGCUCCGGGAGAAGGUGGAGGCUAAGACUCACAGAAAAGUGACGGUCGUGUCGCCGGAGCCGUCCAACAAGGGCGGCGGCGGCGACAAGGUCAAAGACGGCGGCGAAAAGGAUAAGAAGAAGAACAACAACAAGAUGAAAGACGGCAAGACGGUUGAAGAUUCAAAGGGAGACGAUAAUGACAAGAAGAAGGAAAAAGAUAAACCGGUGGCGGUGGUGGCCACGGCGGUGCUCCGGAUGAAUCUCCAUUGCGAAGGCUGCAUCCAAAAGAUCCAGAGGAUCGUCUCCAAAACCAAAGGAUGCCAGGAGGUGAAGAUGGACAAACAGAAGGAAACGGUGACGGUGACGGGGACGAUGGACGUGAAGGCGUUAACGGAGAGUCUGAAGAAGCACCUGAAGAGGGAGGUUGAGGUCGUGGCGCCGCCGAAGAAGGAAGGCGGGGAGAAGAAAGAGAAAGGCGGCGGCGGAGAAAAGGAGAAGGGGAAGGGCGGCGGAAAGAAGGAAGGCGGCGGCGGAGGAGGAGGGGAGAAGAGCAAGGCGGUGGAAGAGGCGAACAAGAUGCAGGUGCAAGUCGGGUACCCGUACGUGUACGGGCCGGGUUACGUAGUCGACCCGAUUUACUACAAUUACCCUCCUGCCCCGCAGAUGUUUAGCGAUGAAAACCCGAACGCGUGUACUAUUAUGUAAAAAACAACGAUGACACGACGUCGGUUUAAUGUAAAUAAAGGGGGCUUUUAGUUGGGGAUCGAGUUUUCUGUCUACUCUUUUUGUUCGCCGAUAUUAUUAUGAACUUUUGUUUUGUUUUGCAAGAUGUUGCAUUAACUAUAGGUUGAGAGUUUAGACAUAAAAGUUUAGGCUUUUGUCGUGACAAAAAGAUUAAAUUGAAGUGAAAAUU